AUGUAACAUUACACACUCAAUUUCAAAAUUAAUAAUUUUGCUAAUUACUUAGAUGAAUAUCAACGAUGGUUUUCAAAGGACCGUCUUCAAAAUUUUAAUGGUUUGUUAAGUAUAUAUUGCAAACAAUAAUCCCUUUAUUAAUCUAAUAAAUGUCAAGUUAUUGUAUUUUAAUCAUCUGAAUGUGUUCAGGAAAUUGUUGCCAAACUAUUAUACUCCCUAAAAAAUCAUUAUUAUUUAAUUAGAUCUGUCGUAGGGUUUAAAAUAAUCUCAAUGAAAGAUGUUAUAUAAAAUCAAAUGCAACAUGAUAUUAUUGACAUUAGGUCCUAUUACAAAAACAAACAAAUCGAAAAGGAGAACAAAAGAUAAAUGCUAUUGAAAUAAUUAAAAAUUGAACCAAUUAAAAUAGUUGAACAUUAAAAAUAAGAACUACCAUCAAUAUCAUCAUCUAGAAAUAAACGACAAUUGCUUUUUAACGAUGAAAUUCAAUGCUCCAGAGAACAAAGCAUUAUAAUUUAAGAAUCAGAUGAUAAUAAAUCUGAAAAUUCAAAAAUUAUCACAUCAUAAUCUCCAUCUGAUUAAAAACAUUACUCCAAUCAUUUACAAUCCAUUGAGAACAUCUCAGAGAAAGAUAUUAUUCAAGAAAUCAUCCCACAAAGGAAUCCAAAGAAACAAUAUUCUGUUAUUCAUAACAGAAAUACCUUGACUAGUCCUAGAUUUGACUCUUUUAUGGCUUCUUAAGCAGUGAUCCGUAAUCCUAUUCAAAGAAAAACUCAUGGCAGUCAAUUUUUGGAAUUUUCGAGAAAAUAGAAAGUAGACUUGGUUAAAUAAGACGAGUUUAAUCUUGAACCUCCAGUCUCCAAAUAAAGUCUGGAUGAAUAAAUUAGAGAUAGAACACAUUCAGAUAUAUAAUUCGUCAAUGAUUUUCUAUCAGAAUUUCAGUUUGCCAAUUUGGCUGAUUUUGAGGAAUACCAACCGAAAGAAGGGCCAAUUAUUUCAUUUAAAAACUAAUUUGAAAAUAAAUCCACUUACUUUCCACCAAGAGGUUUAAUAAUCUACCCAGAACCUGAGCCAUUUCUGCCUGAAUAUCCAGAUUCAUUCAUUAUGUUGAAUGUCACUUUAAGGUAAGACAAAUAAAUAAAAACUGGAUUUGUCUUGUACGAAGAAGGUCAAGUGUAUUUGAUAAUUGACAAUGGACAUGGGAAUGUUCAAAAAUAAAGUAUUUCAAUUGAUCCUGGUAUCAGAUUACCUAACAGAAAAAAGAAGCUAGAAAUCUUGGAACAUUUGCAAGUGAAAAAAGAAACAAGUUAAAAACUGUCUCUAGUUCAAGAAUUGCAAUAAGAGAAUCACAGACACAAUUUAAUAAUGCUAUAGAGAUAUGUUAGAAGGAUGCAUCAUUAUGAUGAAUACAUUUAAAAUGAAAUACAUCAAUAAUUAUAUAGCAAUCAUGUAAUACCUCCGACAUCCAUAAAGUGUUUGAGUUACUUAAAUAAAACAGUUUCAUUAUAGUUGUUAGACAGUCAAAAUAAAACAGAAACUGAAGAGGGCAUUCAAAUAGUAAUUGAAACUGGAGUUGCUCAAUCCAAUGAAGAAGUAAUUGAUGGUAAGUCGUUUCAUUGUUAUAGAUCGAAGUUCAAUAUAAGCAAAAACAAAUUUUACUAUUUUUAAACCAAUUUAAGCUUGAAAGUUGAAGUUUGCUUUAAAGAGACCAAGAUUCUAGACACAAAACUCUUGUAUCUGAGUGAACAAUAAGCAAAGUAAGACUUGCUUGUUCUAAAGAAAAACAUGCAUGAAUUGAUCAGUCAUUCAAAGGUUUUGGUCAAGAUUACACUCUACAAUCUGAAUUAGAAUCAAUAUUUUUAUAGAACAAUUGAUUCCCCACAAGACAUUGAGAAAAUGCUUCAUAUUUUCAUUAAACCAUAAUUGAUGGGUUAUUAGAUAAAAUCAUAAGCCAAAAUACAAAGAAGAUUAAUAGGAAGGGCAUUGCAAUUCAAUAGAUAGUUAGUAUGCUUAGAGGACAGAAAUAGAGAUAAGUUUAGCGCAUUAGAUUAGUUUUUAUUGAUGUACAUCAUCGAUCCUUUGCAAUUCAUAAAAAACGAAAACCAUAGAUUAUUAAAAUAGACAAUACUCUUUUAUUAUUUCAAAUAGUAGUUGAAAUUGACUCUGAUAUCCUCAAGCCGUUUAAGAUAUUUCAUGAAAACAUAUUUCCAUCGCAAAACCUUUAAUGCUUAAAGCAGAGUGAGUAAUAUUGGCAAGGUUUUUGUGGAAUGCGAAGUGUAUUAAUUCAAUAAGUUUUAUUCUGAUUAAUUAACCAAUGAUCACACUUAUUUCUACUUUCAAAUAACCCCUUAAGAGAGUAGAACCAAAGUGUUUAAACUAGUUUUGGACUUUGCUGAUAUCAAAAGUAUAUGCAAUAAGGUUGUUUUACAAAACUGCUUUAAAGACAAAGUUUUGCAUCAAAUCAUUAAAAUAUUGACUGCUUACUUAGUAUGCUACAGAACCAACACUUAUCAUGGAAUCAAAAUCCCAUUGUCAUAUAUAGCCAGUCAAUCCAAGUAUGAUCUUCACAAUACAUUCACUGAAGUAACAUAUGGAAGCAACAUCCUUGAAGAAUAGCAAAAUGGCAGAACCUCUCAUCCAAAAUUGUCGAUCUUAAUCAGUGAUCCUAUACUCAGAAAAAAGUCUUAAGCCUAGAUUAUGGAUGUGUAAAUCGAUAAUUUAUAAAUGCCUGAAGAAGCUAACAAAGUACUCAAAAAUACUACGAUGUUGACUCCUAUUUUUAGAGGAUAGAAGUUCAUUUACAAAACAACCAAAAUUGUGAAUAACAUGUAUGUCAUAAUCACCAUAUCUUAUUUGUCUCUCAACAAAUUUCAAAUAGGAUUGUACAUACCACAAACCUGUAGGAAUUUCAGUUGUUAUAUUUCAUCAAAUGAUUUCCAAAAUAUGAGUCCUCUCUUUUUAGAAUCAAUAUUCCCAUCCAGUCUAGUGACCAAGGAAACUAUUGAUUAAUUUUACAUAAAUAGAUGGAAAUUUUCUGAAAUGAACAAGAUCUUUGAAAUGGCAGUCAACCAUCCUGAUGAGUUUGAAGAUUUCUAUAGUGAAAUGCGCAGCUAAGCUAGAGCUAUCCCCCAAUCAGAACUCUAAAAACUAACUGAGAGCAGGGUUUCCAUUAAUAAUGAAGAGGAAUUCUUAGAAAAACCUUAUGAUGAAACUCCUAAACUGCUCGAAUCUUUUAGCGAUUAAAGUAGAUAAAAUGCGAGAUCCUCUACUUAACCACCUGCCUUUGUGAAAAAAUAAUUCUCCAAGCAAUUUUCAGUAUAGAACUCUAUUGGCCAAUCAAAUCCUAUGAGGUUGUCACUGCCAUCAGCUUAAUUUCAAUAGAAGACAGAUAAAAGUCUAUUUUAUAGAAAUAGUCCAAGGAUCUCCCAUUAAUGUAGCAUGGAAAAUCUGUAUUCAAGUGAUAAAGAUUUGUUUUUUAAUCAAAUACUUGUUAGGAAGAAUAACCUAGACAUGAUCUCUACUUUCGAAAUUAAAAUUUGGGAAUCACUUAUUGACAGAGUUUAAAUUACUAAGAAUUCAUAAAAUCGAUUUAUUCUUAAUUUAGAUACUUUUAAGGGAGUCUUACGAGAAAAUCUAUAUACGCAGGUGGUUUAUUUGGGUAAUGAAGUCAAUGCCUUAUUCGAAGUAUUUGUUGAAAAUGUCAGAAAACCAUUUAACAUGUUGAAACCUUAUAUGCCUAUCAGAUUAAAUGAGAGUUAGAACUUUUAGUUGUAUUAAAGAAUCACUCUCUUUGAACAGCCUCAAAUUGUCAAUUUUAAACUGAUGCUAAGAAAAGUAUUAUACAGUUAUUAUAACGAUGAAAGGAGGAAUUUGUAGAAUUUAAAAUUGAAUGAUUGCAGUGUGGAUCAAUAUGAAUUCAUAGAAUCAGAUAUUUAGAAGUGUUCAGUUUACAUGUUAAAUAAAUUAAAAAAAUAGUUGAAAUUGAAUCCCUCUAAAUUUAUUAUUUAAGAAGUACAAGGAGAUGAAAAAUGCCCAUAAGUAAUUAAAGUCAAUGCAAAUUAUCAAUAAUAUUCCUCAUUCAAAUCUUAUUAAUAUACAUUGCUUAAAAGGAUGGUGUUUACUAUGAGACCUACUUUAAUAUAUGUUUCAAUAUUUUAUCAAGAAAAGAAGAAAAAGUUUUGGUUAUACUUUGAAAGUAUGAAAAAUUGCAAAAAUACAACUGUUAAAUAUAGUUUAAAGGAUAUUUAGCAUUGCAUACCGAAUGCUAUUGGAUUGUUGAAUUUGGGCUUACAUUAGGAGUUAGGGAACAGAAUAUUUCGGAGUUUUAAAAACAGACUUUUGGUAUCCACACAUCAGUAAUUGUUAUGA